AUGUCAAAUAGUCAUGUGUAUAAUAAUUAUUGCAAAUCAAGCAUUUUGUAUGCUACCAAUUAUCAUCCAUUACGAAUAAUAAUCAAUAAAUUAACAACUUUUGCAGAGAUAAACAAAGUCAUUAAAAUUGCAUGGAAAAUUAGCCCUUCUUUUUUAAGAAUAUUUUUAUCUAAUGGAAGUGAAAUUUUUGAAGAAGAUUUAUAUUUAAUUAGACAAGGUUCAAAAUUAUAUGCAACUCUAGAUGGUUCAGAAUUAGGUUUAAAUGUCUUGUUUUUGAAUUACUCUAUUAAUGAUUAACUUUGUCAAAAUCCAAAUUCAAUUACUAUGAUUGGAAAAAUUAAAUCCAAUAAAAUAGAUGUUAUUAUUAAACAAAUCUCCACCAAAUACUUUUCAAGAGAUGAAUUGGCUAAUUUUGUUAAAAUUUUAUAAUAAAUUAAAGAUGAAAAUUGUAGUAAAGUUGUUCAUAUAUACGAUACUAUUAUGUUUUAGAGACAAUCUGAAAUAGCAUUAAUAACUGAAUAUUGUUAAGGAAAAUCUUUAAAUUAUAUGUUCAAUUGUAAUUUAUUUAAUCACACUUUUAGAAAAUAAAAGGUUUACCGAAUAAGAGAUCAAAGUAAUCAUUAAAUAAUUAGCUGACGUCAUAUAUUACUGUCAUUCUAGAAAUAUCAUCAUAAAAAGCUUGAAAUUUGAGAAUUUAGUAUUUAGUGAAAAAGAAAAUUUGAAUAGUGUAUAAAUUUUAACAUCAUUUAGAUAAAACUAACAGAUUUAGGUUUAAAUACUGCAUAUAGAAUUCAAAAUUUGACUUCCAUUAAUAAUUUUAAUUAUUAUUCACCUGAACUAAUAACAUAAAAAGAGUUUACCUUUUCAAGUGAUAUUUGGUCAUUUGGUAUCAUUCUUUAUUAUCUAAAUUUUAAUUCUUUUCCUUUUGAUGGUAGAACUAAACAAAAUAUUUAAUAAAAUGUAUUCCAACUUAAAUAUAAAAUUAAUGAAGAAGUCAAUCCUAUAUUAAAAGAUUUGUUAUAAUUAAUAUUUGUCAAAGAUCCUGAUUCAAGAAUUAAAAUACAAGGAAUAAUUGAUCAUCCUUAUUUUAAAUAACUGAAUAAAUAUAAUCUUAGUUUUAAUAGCUCAAUUAAUAAAUUGAAUAUGAAUUUUCUAAGAUUAAAUAGUAGAAAUAGUUUUAGGAAAAAGACAAAUAGUCAAAGAUAUGAUUCAGAAGAAAAUAAUUCUUCAAUGAAAAGAAUAUAAAAAUAACUAUCACUCUAAAAAUAGUCAGAAAGGGAAUAAUCAAUAUUGAAUCCACUUUAACCUAAAUAGUACAAAUGUAAAAUUGAAAGAAAAAGAUGCCUCUCACACCUGAUUAUAAAAUAAUAAGCCAGGUAAUCUACUAUUAAAGAAUUUUGA